GGCUCCUCCUCUUCCUCCACCGGCCACCGCCUCAGCGUCCCGGGAUCUCGGCUCGUAGCCGGCCAUGUAUCGCGUCGCCGGGAGCCAUCUCCGCUCUCUCAAGCAUCAUGGUGCUAGUAGGUUUGCUAGCACAAGUGUUGUCAAACAGUCUUCAGGUGGUCUGUUUAGCUGGCUUCUUGGCGGAAGCUCAACCAAACUGCCCCCUCUUGAUGUUCCGCUCCCAGGAAUUACAAUUCCCCCACCGCUACCAGAUUUUAUCGAGCUACCCAAGACAAAAAUCACUACUCUUCCAAAUGGCAUCAAGAUUGCAUCAGAAACAUCACCGGGCCCGGCUGCAUCGGUGGGCCUGUACAUUGACUGUGGUUCUGUUUACGAAUCACCUUCUUCAUCUGGAGCAUCACAUCUAUUGGAGAGAAUGGCCUUCAGGAGCACAACAAACAGGAGUCACUUGCGGCUAGUUCGUGAGGUCGAAGCAAUCGGAGGAAAUGUAUCUGCAUCUGCUUCUCGUGAACAAAUGAGCUAUACCUAUGAUGCACUGAAGAGUUAUGCACCGGAGAUGGUUGAAGUGCUCCUUGACAGUGUGAGGAAUCCAGCUUUUUUAGAAUGGGAGGUCAAAGAGCAGCUCCAGAAGAUAAAGUCUGAAAUAUCUGAAAUUAAUGAUAAUCCACAAGGUCUACUUUUGGAGGCGCUUCAUUCGGCUGGAUAUUCUGGGGCGCUGGCAAAACCUCUGAUGUCUACAGAAUCCGCUAUAAACAGAUUGGAUAUUCAUACCCUGGAGGAAUUCAUUCAUGAAAAUUAUACUGCUCCUAGGAUGGUUCUUGCAGCAUCAGGAGUUGAGCAUGAUGAGUUGGUUUCAAUUGCGGAGCCACUUCUGUCAGAUCUUCCUGCUGUGAAACGUCACGAAGAACCAAAAUCAGUGUACGUGGGAGGGGACUAUCGUUGCCAAGCAGAUUCUCCAACUACACACAUUGCACUUGCUUUUGAGGUGCCAGGUGGCUGGCGCCAAGAAAAGACUGCAAUGAUUGUGACGGUGCUUCAGAUGCUCAUGGGAGGAGGUGGGUCCUUCUCCGUCGGUGGUCCUGGGAAGGGAAUGUAUUCUCGAUUGUAUCUCCGUGUCUUGAACCACUACGAACAGAUCGAGUCAUUCUCUGCUUUCAACAGUAUCUACAACAAUUCAGGUCUUUUUGGAAUUCAUGCAGCCACUAGCCCAGAUUUUGCAUCGACGGCUGUGGAUUUGGCAGCAGGAGAACUCCUUGAAGUUGCAACUCCUGGAAAAGUUACUCAAGAACAGCUUGAUCGUGCUAAAGAGGCUACCAAGGCUGCUGUUCUGAUGAACUUGGAAUCAAGAAUUGUAGCAUCUGAAGAUAUCGGAAGUCAGGUUUUGACUUACGGAGAAAGGAAACCAAUUGAACAUUUCAUGAGAGCUGUUGAUGAGACCACUCUGAAUGACAUUUCUUCAGUUGCAAAGAAGAUAAUUUCUUCGCCACUUACGCUGGCAUCAUGGGGCGAUGUUAUCCAUGUCCCGAGCUACGAGUCUGUCAGCCGCAAGUUCCAUGCCAAGUGAGCGUCCAGCAAUCAGCGCGCCAGGACCCCGUGGUCAAACAUCUCAGGCCGUAUAAGUGUCCAAUGGCCCUCGGCUGGAAUAAAACGGGUUUUUUUGCUGGAUAGUUAUGGAGAUGAAUAAUCAUACGGCUUUGAUCACU